AUGGGCAGAGUGAACCAGACAACAGAUUUCAUCCUCUUGGGACUUUUUCCUGAGAUCAAGCAUCUUGCUGUUCUUAUCUCCAUCAUCUUCCUGAUCUACAUGAUUGCUAUUACAGGAAAUGCUGUGCUGAUCUUCCUCAUCUUGGGUGAUUCCCAGCUCCACACUCCUAUGUACUUAUUACUGAGCCAGCUCUCUCUCAUUGACUUAGCUUUGAUCUCCACAGUUGUCCCCAACAUGGUCACCAGCUUUUUCACAGGAAGGAAAAAUAUUUCACAAACUGGAUGUGGAACCCAAAUUUUCUUCAUUUUAACCCUAGGGAUUUCUGAGUUUCUUUUGUUGACCUUUAUGUCCUAUGACCGCUAUGUGGCCAUCUGUAAUCCCCUUCGUUAUUCAGUCAUCAUGAGUCCCACUGUCUGUAUGCAGAUGGUCAUUGGAUCCUGGUUAGGGGGGACUCUAACAUCCUUAGUUCAUACAACCUAUGUUAUGCAUUUUUCCAUUUGUGGCUCCAGAGAGAUUCUUCAUUUCUUCUGUGAGGUUAUGGCCCUACUAAAACUUACUUGUGAGAACACCUCAGCGUAUGAGAAAUCAGUAGUAAUCUCAAGCUUUCUGGUAGUUUUUAUCCCGUUGAGUCUCAUUUUGCUUUCUUAUACAUUCAUCUUCCUCACUAUUCUUCGUAUGAAUUCCCCUGAAGGGAGGAGCAAAGCCCUAACCACUUGUUCUUCCCAUCUUAGUGUAGUAAGUCUCUAUUUUGGUCCAGCUAUUUUAAUUUACAUGAGGCCAGGCUCUUCCCAGACUCCUAAAUUGAACCAGGCUCUGUUUUUGUUUGAUUCCAUUCUUACUCCCAUGCUCAAUCCUAUCAUCUAUGGCUUAAGGAAUAAAGACGUGUUGGCAGCUAUAAGGAAAAUAUUGAGAACUAUAUUCUCACGAGGAAAGAUUCAGAGACACUUAGGUUGCAUUACUUGA